AUGGGCUCGAAAGCGAUAGGUUUGGGAGCAUGUGCAUUGUCUUCAAUAUUCUUUGGAAGUGCAUACGUGCCUGUCAAAAGAUUUGACGCUGGAAACGGUUUGUUUGUGCAAUGGGUGAUGUCUGCCGCUAUACUCUGUGUAGGAUUGACUGUCAAUAUCAUACAGCAUUAUCCUAGGUUUCAACCUUUCGCAAUGCUUGGUGGAGCUUUCUGGGCCCUCGGUAACGUAACUGCCAUACCUAUUAUGAGUUCUCUUGGUAUGGGAAUGGGUAUGCUCAUCUGGGGAACAACUAACUGCGUCACUGGCUGGGCCGUGGGAAGAUAUGGUUUGUUUGGAACAAGGGCUCGUGUACCCGCAGUGCCAGCGUUGAAUUAUCUAGGGCUUUUGAUGGUGAUAGUGGGCGGUUUCUGCUUUUCUCAAAUUCGACCGUCAGUUCGCUCAUUAUCGCACCCCGAAGAUAUCAACGAAGGAAGGAUUAUAGAUGACACACAAGAAGGAAGCCCACUUAUAAGUCCAUCUGCACCAGCAGUAUUUAAUCGCAGGACCAAGAGAAUCAUUGGAAUUUUCAUUGCUCUUGGUGCUGGUAUCCUGUACGGUGUUACAUUUGUCCCGGUCAUCUACAUGCAAGAUCAUCCAGAAAUAUACCCCUUGGCUUCUAAUCUCGGUUUGGACUAUGUAUUUUCACAUUACUGCGGCAUUUUUCUCACUGCCACUGCUCUUCUCAUACUUUACAUCAUCCUCAGUAGGAAUAAUCCUACUGUAAAUCCGCAUAUAGUCGGCCCGAGUAUGAUUGCCGGUGCUAUGUGGGCCAUCGCUCAGACUUCCUGGUUCGUAGCCAACGACAAACUGUCGCAAGCAGUCACCUUUCCAAUUAUUAGUAUGGUGCCGGGAGUGUGCGCUGCAAUGUGGAGCAUAUUCUAUUUCAAGGAAAUCACUGGCAGACGCAAUGUCAACAUCCUAAUGGUUGCUAUAACCACAACACUUAUUGGAGCGUUUUUGGUAGGAAUAUCCAAGUAAGCGACUCAUGACUCAUGGAUCUUGUCUUUUUCCGUUUCCUCUGUCUUUUUGUACAUAUAGUCCUGUAAUAAUCUGUAAGGUGGCUUUUACCCAGAAUUAGCAUUAAUUCUUAUCGAUUUGUGUACCCUAAAGCAUUUGUUUUGAAUCAUCGAGCUGUGAUAAUUCCUAAAUCCAACUACCUUGCUGAUGAAAUGCAUCUUGACCAGUCAUUCGAGCACCUACCUAUAUGUAUUUGUUUCAACUCACAUCUAAUGCCAAAUAAGUACAAUCUAUUCACAAGGUUUUGAC